AUGUCGGCUGAUCUUACCUGGCUCCUUAUCAAGAACAACAACUCGUUCCUCAUCAAGCGCUCGGGUGUCCAGUUCUCCACUGAGGCUGGUAACUUGUUGAACAAGAACUCCUUCAAGUACUCUGGUCUUGCCAACAAGAAGACCGUCGAUAUCUCCGCUGCUGCCUCCGGCCGUGGUGUCGUUGUCGCCACCCCCAAGAACAAGGUCACCCUCACCAAGGGUAUCCGCAAGUCUGCCCGCUCCGUCGCUGGUCUCACCCGUGGCGGCUACCGCGCUGACCUCCGCCAGGCUGCUCUUGCCCGCGUUUCCGCUAUCCUCGCCUCCCAGAAGCCCGUCAAGGCUGCCCCCAAGAAGGCUGGCAAGGGUGUCCGUGCCACCAAGGCUUAA